CCGGUGAUGACGUUAAUAGUGUUGCUGUCUCUUGAGCUCGUGCGUUAAAAUGUCACUUUGACUUUUAAAAUAACUGUGCCAGAAUUUAACAUACACGUUAAGUUUAUUAUCUUUAGUAACGAAACGCAUUAUAUGAAUGGAUAUCUUUAUAAUGACCGCAAAACGGUACCUGAAACUCUCCUGUUAACGCGUGCGAGACGCUAGAAGCUUACGAUGUUAAGGCAAAGGCAGCAUGAUAUUUAAACUCUGACCAAAGUCGUUUGCUUUGGACUCAAACACAGCUCAUAUGUGAAAGAAGAAGAAUGUUAGUAGACAUCAUGCUGAGGUAUUUAAGGCUGUCCGGGCGAGCGUCUGCGGUGUUUCGUUUUCCAGUCCUUCACCCAUGCAGAGCUCUGCACUCGAGUCCUGUGAGCUGGGCAGGACACAACAAAUGGUCCAAAGUGAAGGACAUUAAAAUACCCAAAGAUGCUGCUCGAGCCCGGGUGAUUGCCAAGUACACCAUGCUGAUUAGGAUUGCAGUCAGAGAGGGAGGUCCCAAUCCAGAAUUAAAUGUUGGACUGGCACAAAUUCUGGAGCAGUGCCGGAACAAGAAUCUGCCCAAAACCACCAUUGAAGGAGCUCUAAAAGGAGCCAAGUCAAAGCCUGGAGUGCAGUAUCUUUACGAGGCCACAGGACCAGGCGGAUGCACAAUACUCAUCGAGGUUCUGACCGACAACAACUUACGAUCCCUUAAUGAACUCAAACGAAUCAUGACGAAAAAUGGUGGGGCGCUGUGUGAAGGAGCUCGUCGGAACUUUGACAGGAAAGGUGUCGUGGCCGCGUCCAGAGAUGGGAUCUCCUCUGAGAAAGCUCUAGAGCUGGCCAUCGAAGCCGGAGCUGAAGAUGUGCAGGAGAUGGAGGAUGAGGAGGACAGAGCCAUACUACAGUUUAUCUGUGACAUGACGUCCAUGAAGGCUGUGCGCAGUGCUCUGGAAAGUCUGGGAGUUCACACUCUCUCGUCCAGUCUAGAGUUUGUGUCUCACACCCCGUCUGUUCUGACCCAGACUCAGCUAGAGACAGCAUCCACCCUGCUGGAAGCUCUCCACGACUGCCCUGAUGUGGUCCGGGUAUGGGAUAACAUCCACGCACAGACCUAAUGUUCAAAAGUCAAUUCACAAACUGGAAAAUAAACAUUGAUGGAGUAAUUCAUGAUGUACAUGCCUUAAGAGCCGAUUGAAGAAAUGGAGCUGUUUGGUCAAAUUGAAUUGCACAUUACUUGGAUAUAUUCUAUGUGAUGGAAAAGGCGCGAUUGACCAUUUUAUUGUCACUGCAAUAAAGAAGAUGUACAGAA